AUGAUCACCAGCAUCGCACACGUCAACCUCACUGUACAUCCGGGGACCCUGGAACAAGCCCAGCAGUUCUAUGGCGAGACCCUUGGGCUAAGCUCUGCGCCUGUUCCUGAGCUGCAGAUCGGGACGAUAAUAUGGUUCAAUAUUGGCUCCAGCGGACAACAAAUUCAUAUUACCUGCGGUCCUACUGACCCCACAUCCUCGCGACAUCCCUGCUUCAAGCUACCAGGCCGCGAGGAGCUAGAGGCAAUCAAAAAGUCCAUCUAUGACCACCAUAUUCGCGGGGGUCCCGCCGCACCAAUGGCCGCCGAUAAGCCAGGUGAAGAGGAUUCAGGCGCCAAAGGGAAGGAGUAUCCCCAGCGGUUCUUUGCGCGAGACUAUGCCGGGAACCGAUUAGAGUUUACUAUGUGA